AUGGCGUCCGGAUACAUUGUAAGUCGUGGUGUGCUAACAUUAGGAAUUCACUAUCAACAUUUUUGUAGAAAUGUACUCCUCACACAGACCCGAGAGAAGAAGCGAUGGAUGAAAGCAUAUACUCUUUUGAUGGAAAGAAAGUUGAAGAUAGAAGGGCCUCCACUACCUAAGCCACGGUAUGUAAAAUGCUAGCUAAGGUGUCAAGGCCAAUAAUAAUAAUAUGCCAUUUAGCAGACGCUUUUAUCCAAAGCGACUUAGUCAUGUGUGCAUACAUUUUUACGUAUGGGUGGUCCCGGGGAUCGAACCCACUACCCUGGCGUUGGGCUACAGAAUCUGGGGCAAUUUACAAUAAAUACUGAAAUUGGAUGGCUAGCCAAUAUAGAACAGAUUACACGACAUUAACAAAAGUAUGUGGACACCUGCUCUUCGAACAUUUCAUUACAAAAUCAUGGGUAUUAAUAUGGAGUCCCCCCCCCCCGGCUUUCCACUAGAUGUUGGGGACUUGCUUCCAUUCAGCGACGAGCAUUAGUGAGGUCGGGGACUGAUGUUUGACGAUUAGGCCUGGCUCACAGUUGGCGUUUCAAUUCAACCCAAGGUGUUCGAUGGGAUUGAGGUCCGGGCUCUGUGAAGUCCUGUCAUGUUCUUCCACACCGAUCUCGACAAACCAUUUCUUUAUGGACCUCGCUUUGUGCAUGGGGGCAUUGUCAUGCUGAAACAAACUGGCCUUCCCCAAACUGUUGCCACAAAGUUGGAGGCACAGAAUCGUCUAGAAUGUCAUUGUAUGCUGUAGCGUUAAGAUUUCCCUUCACUGGAAGUAAGGGGCCUAGCCCGAACCAUGAAAAACAGCCACAGACCAUUAUUCCUCCUCCACCUAACUUUACAGUUGGCUCUAUGCAUUGGGGCAGGUAGCGUUCUCCUGGCAUCCGCCAAACCCAGAUUUGUCCGUUGGACUGCCAGAUGGUGAAGUGUGAUUCAUCACUCCAGAGAACGCUUUUCCACUGCUCCAGUCCAAUGGUGGUGAGCUUUACACCACUCCAGCUGACGCUUGGCAUUGCGCAUGGUGAUCUCAGGCUUGUGUGCGGCUACUCGGCCAUGGAAACCCAUUUCAUGAAGCUCCCGACGAACAGUUAUUGUGCUGACGUUGCUUCCAGAGUCAGUUUUUAACUCGGUAGUGAGUGUUGCAACCAAGGACAGAUGAUUUUUACGCGCUUCAGCACUCUACGGUCCCGUUCUGUGAGCUUGUGUGGCCUACCACUUUGCGGCUGAGCCGUUGUUGCUCCUAGAUGUUUCCACUUCACAAUAACAGCACUUACAGUUGACCGAGGCAGCUCUAGCAGGGCAGAAAACUGACUUGUUUCAAAAGUGGCAUCCUAUGACGUUGCCACGCUGAAAGUCACUGAGCUCUUUAGUAAGGCAAUUUUACUGCCAAUGUUUGUCUAUGGAGAUUGCUUGGCUGUGUGCUGGAUUUUAUACACCUGUCAGCAACGGGUGUGGCUGAAAUAGACAAAUCCACUCUUUUGAAGGGGUGUCCACAUACUUUUGAAUAUAUAGUGUAUCUUAGCUACAUACUGAUUGCAUGCACCGUGAUCUUAGUUAUUAAUUUCCCUAUGUUCUGUCACCUAGCGCUCAAAAACCUAACUGGGACUACCAUGCAGAGGUCCAGGCAUUCAGCAGCCGCCUUAAAGAAAGCUUCUCCCCGGAGCUCCUGAAGACAGCCUUCGUGAACCCCUGUUACAUUCAGUCAGAGCAAGAGAGGAGGCAGGCACUCGGCGUGGACACUGAAACGGCCGCUCUGGUCCUGCGGGACAACAUUCAGCUGCACACACAGGGCUUGGAAUUCACCAAGAGCUUCAUGUCUGACUGGUGCAGGGACAGCUUCCCUAGCCUGCCCAGCAAGGGAGUGGUCGCCAUUGUCGGACACCUAAUCAGUCAUCCAGUAGUGUGCCAUGUGGCGCGGAACCUCGCCAUCGAGGACCUAACUAUGAGCGCUCAAUUCCCUGUCCCUGACGAAGUAUUGCAUAGUACGUUCCUCGCUGUGAUCGGAGCACUACAGAAGAGCAGUGGAGCUGAGAGAGCAGGACUUUUCAUUCGGGUAAGAAUAAGAUUCUUUCAACUUUCAACACACCCAUCUAAACAGUCAUGAUUAAACAUUUCAAAUUAACAUUAGUUUGCUUGUGUAGCUGAAGAUGGUCACACCUCCCAUGCCCUCUUUUCUCCUACCAGGAUUUCCUGGUCACCCAGCUGGUGGGGAAAGACCUGUUUGAGAUGUGGUCGGUGGUGAACCCCAUGGGGCUGCUGGUGGAGGAGCUGUCCAAGAGGAACGUGGCCCUCCCAGAGCCUCGCCUCACCAGGUCGGCCGGCGCUGGCACCGUGCUCCCACUCUACUUUGUAGGGCUGUACAGGUACGCCUCACUGGUCGCUCCCAUCAGUACGCCUCCUGAUAAAGCCAGGAGAUUUUCCUGACCAGGAAUACGCUGUGUCCCAGGACCUAAAGUGUUUUUUUUCUGGUCAGGAAAAACUCUUGGCAUUACUUAUGGAUUAUGUGUGAGGUAUGUGGUAGUGUUCUGCCGGUAGUUCUUUGUUUGUUGGUCAUUGUACUGAGUGAGUGAGUGUGUGUGUGUGUGUGUGUCCUCAGUGAUAAGAAGCUCCUUGCCGAGGCUCCAGGGGAGACCGUUCUGGCUGCAGAGGAGGAGGCGGCACGCGUGGCCCUGAGGAAACUCUAUGGCUACACUGAGAACCGGAGACCCUUUGACUUCUCUGCAGCGGAGCAGCCUCGGGCGUCUGUCCUCCAAUCCAUCAGCAGCAGCUAAAGGACGUCACCCCAAGCUUUACAAUGUCUUCCAUCAGUUAA